GGGGGAGUUAGCAAUUUAAACCACAGGUUCACCUGCAUUGAACCAUCCAGCAAAUAUUGUAAAUUAAACCUGGCUUCGAAUCGACCAGAGUAGCCUCUGGUCUAAUCUAGUCUACUUUUUUUUUCUUAAAUUAAAUAAAGUGUUGGAGUGUUGUUAGGUCAUCUGAUCGUGAUGUUUUCAAUGAUGAGAAAGAAUUUCUUUCUUCUGGUAAACUAUUUGCGAUAAAAGAGAAAUUUGAGACGCAGUCGGCAUUACUUUAUAUGUAGAAUAAUGGGAAAAAAAAAUGAAUGGAAAAUAAACGCGACGUUGUACUGCCGAGUUAAUUAUCAUUCCGUCACAGCAGAAAUUUGACUUUGGAUCUAGAUAAUUUUUUCUACUGCUAACUGGCUGGAAAUAAAUUAAAAGGCGCCAUUAUAAUGAACUUGCUAGCACCAUUAAUCUGGUCGCAGUUGAAAUUUAGCCCGUAACGCUUUGUUUGACGUUUUUUUUAGUAUUAAAUAGAACCAAAACGUUUUCCAUGGUUUAUUUCGGUUCUCUAGAGAAUAGAAGAUACCUUACACAGUAUGUCCGCAGAGAUGUUGAAACUCUUCCGAACGUUUGGAAGAAUCGUAACAGCUGAAGCAACACGAGUAGAAGGAGAGAGCAGUGUCCGAAAGAAUAGUUUAUGAAAGGACUUAAUGUCAUGUCAAGUUACUAAAUAAAAAAGGUUAGGCAGACAUUAUGUUGCGUUGUAACUCAAAAGCAAGAAAUGUAUUAAAAAGACUACAGCUCUCGACUAAUUCUUUUUAGUAUUUUUUUUUUCAAUUUAAUUAAAAGUUAAAAAGUGUUUUAAACUUUCGAAAUAAUUAUUCAGUAUUUAUAUUUGGAGCUAUCCGUUUGUCUAGCGUACUCAAACCACCGAUCAGUCAAACGUAAACGAUACUAUAUUUUCACUGUCAUGUUUGCGUUACAUUAAAGCAUAGUUUAAAGGUGUGAUUGCAAGGGGAAACACGAUGCUUUGUUCAUAGGGACCAAUAUGAGUUUAACAAGUUUCCUCAGGUGGAAGGUGUGAUGAAAGAGAGUUAUUGUUGAGCAAUAACCACCAGUCUUUUCUGUUCGUGUUUGUACAUCUUUUGUUUCUUUUUGUUGAAAAACGUGGUAUAGAUGUUAUAUAGCAUCUAGUUGCAGCAAUUUGUUCCAAUGUGCUUCUUCGACACCAGAGCGAACAUGGCCUUCAAACAGAUUUUCGUCCUUAUUAUUUUCGCUUUUGCUGUUGAUGCGCUGAAAUGGAAAAAUUGUGAUAGGAGUUCUCCUGUAGAGAUCAAUGACAUACAACUCAAGCCAAACCCUGUGGUUGUCAAGGCAGGUGCAGAAGUCACGUUCAGUGGAAGGUUUACAGUAGCUGGUGCGGCAGGCACGCGGUACGAACUGGACGUGACCUUGUGGAGAUCAGGAUGGUGGGGGACAUGGAUAAGAGUGCCUUGUUUUGGACAGUGCAAUCGGGACAUUGGAUGUGAUGAGAUGGUGAAGUUGCUUGAAGGAGCACAAUGUCCUCUAAAAAAUGGAGAGUACGUAGUCAAACAUCAAACUCACAAACUGUCUAACGUCAGCAUUCCAUCAUUCAUCAAGAAUGGUAAAUAUAAGAUUAAAGCGGAUCUAAGAGAUAAAGGAAACAACAGACGUGUUUCAUGCCUGGAAGCGGAAGUGGAGUUACGAAGCUGAAAAAUAUUCUUGUAAAGAGAGAAAUACAAUAAAAAGCAUGAAAAGCUUC